GAUGUUCCAAACAUUCGCGGCGUUAAACACGUUUGAGAUUCUGAGGCUAUAAUAUUUUUUCGCUUGGGUUUAAUGUAGACGUAUUCUUAAUAUAACUUUAUUGAGAAUUCAAUAAUACGCUCAGUUGUAGUGAUAUAAUAAUAGGCUAAGUAUGGCUAGAGUGAUGUUUUUGAACUUUAUUGCGUUGAGUGUGGUGAUAAUCGUUCAGAGUAAAGUGCUGGUUCGUUCAGAUCGUAAUAUUGACGAAAAAAAACCUCCUUACGAAAACCCGAUUUUCGUCUCCCGUCACAGGAAUGGCGCAGGGCAACUCUGCGACGCGAAACAAAUAGAAUACGAGCUAACUAGAUUGGAGGUGAAAUUGGACGAAAAAUCCGACCGAUUGAUUUCGGAACUACGGGAAGCCAACCGACGGCUGCAGGCGCUGGAGUAUCAGGACUCUGAAAUUGAAACGGCUCUGAGAGCUUUCAGGGGUGAACUUGGCAGAUUCUGGGAUUCAAGCCCGCCCCUGCGGUCGCAACAUGAAGGGGGUCAGCGACAGGUCGACGAGAAAUUGGAGUCUCGAGUGGAUACUCUAGUGAAGGGGGUCCAGCUUGUGGUGGCUGCUUUGAGGACCUUGAAUUCUGACAUCGGUUCGGUCAAGAAUAAUGUUUCGUCAAUCGCCGUUGAGACGAGUAUCAUUCGCCGUCAUCAACAAGAUUUAGUUACCAAGCAGUUUCUAACGAACUCUUUGUUGGAUAUUAAUCAUGAUCAACAUUACCCUCCUAUACCAAAUGGCCUGUUCACCAAAAGUGAAUACCCGAAAUCGAGGGUUCCCAGGAGCUGCAGGGAUAUUCAGAAUGGGGGCGUUACAGAUUCUGGAAUAUACCAAAUCCAACCAGAACAUGCUCACAAACCGUUCCUGGUACUCUGUGACAUGGAAACUAGAGACGGCGGCUGGACCUACAUCCACAAUAGAUACGAUGGAUCUCAAGACUUUUUUCUCAAUUGGCAUGAGUACAAGACUGGAUUCGGAAACAUUGGUGGUGAAUUUUGGCUUGGUCUGGAGAACAUUUACCAAAUAACAGCUGGCGCCUGGUGGUACAGAGGGUGCGAUACCAGCAAUCUGAAUGGCAAAUAUUUAAAUGGCGUGCUUCCGGAGAGUAACCUUUAUCAGGGAAUGUACUGGGCCGGAUUCGGAGGGCCGCAGUACAGCCUCGCACAAGCCAGGAUGAUGGUCCGACCGAGAGAUGA